GAACAUGCUCCGCCUAAAGAGGAGGGAUUAAGUGACGAUGUUUAAAAUCCAGUGACGACAGCAUCGAUAAAAACACUGUUCACAAACAAGUCCUGAAGCUCAAUACUGUCGAUGGGAAAAAAAGAACUGAAAUAGCUGUUACUGUGACAGGUAGUGGGAGAAACCCGCUGUGACAAUGAUCAGAAAAGUGCUUGCCCUUUUUGGAGCCGGCGACGAGGAUGACAUAAAUGUCAAUGAUGUUGAGGACAACGAAAGCUGCGAAGACCUGAUCGAAUAUGAAGACGGAGACUGGGUUAUAAUCAAUGUUCAUGAGGGGAAUGCCGUGUCCUUGCCCGAGGUGGACCCCCUGGAGAAUCUCCUCAUCGAGCAUCCCAGUAUGUCCGUGUACCAACUGACACACCAGAGGGGCGAGGAUGACGACCUCGGGUCUGACCAAGAGGAAGAGGAAGAUGAGGACUCUGCCAGGCCCGUGCCCGUCAGGCAUUCUGCCCCCUGCAGGGCCGGAGUUCUGCAGCAGGGCCGCCACUUCCGCGCAGUCCAGAGGGCCAGGGCGCACGUGGAGCGCCGGACGCUGACCCGCACCGCCCUCUGCAGGCAGAGCCUCGCCAAAACACGCUACUGCCCCUCCGUCAAACGCUACGGCUACUUCAAACAGCCCUGCCAGCGCUUCUAUAACUACUGAAUGCCUCCUGUCCACCUGACCACCUGAGCUAGCCUUCCGAGUGCCUCUGGAUAUGGACAUUAACGGUCCACCUGUGAUUCAGCGCACUUUUUUUUUAAGCCUUAGUGCGCUAAUAAUGGCACAAAUCCAUAUCCAAUUCAUAAGUCACUGAAACAGAAAACAAGGAAAAAUAAAACGCAUAUGCCUCAGACUUUGAGUACUCGCUUAAAAGUAGCAUGUACUACGCAGUACUUCGGUUACGAUGACUGAUGAAAGUCAUGCAGCAUGUUUGUAAGAUGCAUCUGAUGUCUCGCCAUUUGCAAAAAGCUACUAGUGUAAAUUAUAGGACUAUAUAGUUUUCAGCUAAUUUAGUUGUUCUGCUGUUUUAGAAUAGGUACAGUAUAUAGUUGUGCGAGUGGAAUGUUCUUUUUAUUGUAGAACAAUGUUUUAUUUUGUGUUCAAUAACAUUAUCCUCAUAUAAAAGUAUGUACUGUUACAGAAUAAUGCUUUACAAUGCGAAGCAAAUGAUCUUACCUAUGCAGACUAAUACUCAAAUUAUUGUUUUUAAUGUGAUACAUUAUACUGUAUAAUUGCACCACUGCCGUUAAGUUGUGAUCUUAUUUUUAUAUGUUUUGCCUUCGGGGGGAAAAAAAACAAAUGGUGCAUAAAGAAUUGCAAUGACAGGUACAUCUUCAAUAAUGUGCACUACCUUUAUUGUUUUUAUUGUCAUGUCUCUGGUACACAUGUACUUUGCCAAGAGAAAAACAGUUUGUAAAUAUUACUAAAUGAUUCAGUUUUUGUAUUUGAGUAAACAUUUGUUUAAUACUCAACCAAAAAAAUAAAAAUACAUGUGUUUUGCUUAA